CAACGCACGCGCCAAACAACGCGUACAGUCGCGUCGGCGGUUUUAAUUCAACCACCAAUCGUCACUGCCCGUGACCUGACAACCCUCGAAUGCCCCUAUCCGCAUUUCCACCCAUCGAAUCGUCCGUGGUCCAAUCGCCCUAGAUACGCGCCAUUGUAUUCCCUACAGGCUGCAAUUGCGAAACGUAAAUGAUCUGUCUACUUGUGGCUUCACUAUCUUCUUGAGUUGGAGUUGAGAACUCGGGUUCCGAGCCGCGCCUGCCCUAGGGACAUUGAGUGUCCCGAUCCCCACAUGUCUUUUUUUGCCAUGGCAUCCAACACCCAGGAGGUUGAAGCUAGUAGUCUGAAGAGAUGCCAUGAUGAAUUUAUUGGACCUGGCUGUGGCGAGGUGUUUCGGCUUGACGAUGCUGGGCUCGUUGGGAAGCUGGCUGGAGCUACCGACACCGACGAGAAGGAGAACCACUUUCCGUCCGCACUUACGAGCUUGAGACCAUCCCCUCCUCGCAAGGGCAGUCCGAUUCACUCGCCGUUCACAAAUCCCACUCAGACGAAUUCAGCCCAAGAUUCGCCCCCAACCACUCUGCCGCACCCACCUCCGAGCGCUCCUUCCCUUAACCCUUCCAGCAACCCUCCUACCAACUCUGUCCCGACUCCAACCCAGAACUCGACCGCGGAUCACCCCGCCAAAAGGAAACGUCUUUCCAAGGAAGAAAAGGCCGUGAAGGAUCUGGAAAUGGUAAAGAGAAAAGAGGAGAGAGAGGCGGAUAAAGCCGCCAAAGCCGCCGACAAGGCUAAAAAGGACGCCGAAAAGGCGAAACGGGAUACCGAGAAAGCCAAAAAGGACGCCGAUCGAAAACGCCGAGCCGAGGAAAAAGAAAAGGAGAGACGGGAGAGGGAAGAGGAAGAGGCGCGCAAGGUGCGCAGCCAGCUCAAGCUCAACUCGUUCUUCAAAAUCAACCCCGCCACGCCGAAACCGAACGCUGCCAUCAAACCGGACGCUGUGGACGAUGCGAGCCCGUCGGGGACCCCAAAGAAGGGCGCUGCCAAGGAGACCUCGGUUUAUGAGCAGGUGUUCAAACCUUUUUUCAUUAAGGAUCAGGUCACCGUGGCACCGGUAUCUUAUCUGGACAUGGACCACGAGACCAAAGAAGCCAAAUCCCAGAUUUUGGAGGAAUAUAUCAACGAAAAGCGGGGUCACGUUGAAGUGAAGCCGUUCGAUCCUGUCGAGACUCUCCAGCUCCCAUGCCGUGGUCGCCGUGGCCGAAUUUAUCCCAGUGUUCGAAAGAUCAUGUCUGGGUUCCUCCAUGACGAAUUUCCUCCAAAGGUCAUUGACCUUAGCACAGAAUCACAAAACACACAGAUUCGACAGACCCGAGAGGCGUUAAGGGCAGUACCGAUGAAGUUCCUGGGCUUCAAACAGGAUGUGCGACCGCCGUACUUUGGCACCGUCACGAACUACCCCUCAGGGAUGGCGAGUCUGCGUAGACUGGGCCGCAACCCUCUGGCCAAGGACAUUCUUCCUCUCAACUACGACUAUGACUCGGAGGCUGAGUGGCAGGAGGAUGAUGGCGAGGAUGUCGACGCCAUGGACGAUGAUGAGGAGGACCCAGACAAUGAUGAGGACAUGGGAGAUUUCCUGGACGAUUCGGAGGAUGCCGGACUGCUUCGCCCUGCCUUCUCCGGCGGCAUGGAACCGGAGAGCACAGGCAUCUGCUGGGAGAAUCGCCAGAGAGAGGCACCAUUACCACACAUGCGCGACUUUCAGAUGGAAUUUAUUCUCGAGUCCUUGGAUCACCACUCCGGCAUAGACCCGUUCUCCAGCCAUUACUGGGAGCCAGCCCCGUCCACAACCCUCACAUUCACCCCGGCGCCCGCAGCAUCCAGCAGCGCUAUGGCACCACCACCGGGUCCCGUGGACGCGUUCCACGCGCUAGCGACACCGGCGGCGGCGGCCCCAAAGAAGGCGCCGACGCUGGCACCCGACAUGAAGGAAAAGCUGAAGGAGCUGGUGAUGGCGAACCCGGCGCUCAGCAAGGUCGGCACGAUCGAGCUCUUCAGCUCGCAGCAUGCAAAGUGCUCCAAGACGGCGAUCAAGGCGACCCUGGAGAUGAUUGCCGAGAAGGCAGGCAAGGCGUGGAGGUUGAAGCCGGGCGUCUGAGCAGCCACCCUUUUUUUUUCCUUUCUCAUCUUCAUUAUAUUUUUGGGCCGGUAACUAGCUAUAGAUAGGAUGGGAGGAAAGACUUCCUUCCGUUCACGGAUGAUAUGUUGCUCGAGUUUUGCGGGAACUGCAUGGAGCUACGGAACCUUGCAUUUGGGGGCGCGUGACAAGCGUGAUCGCUGGAGGAGACGAGGUCGAUAGCCACUAACGAAAGGAGUAAUUCGAGCUCUCGACAUGCGCUUUUUGCGCUGCAUGGGUACAUUUGAAGUUACCUUGGUGUGAUUACCUCGGUGAAGCAGGAUUCUUUACGUGACUGUCAUUCGAUUACUAGAC